CGGACAUAUUUAACCUACCUUGUCGACUGUGGACAACAUAUAGUGGUAUCAGAUCACUGUGGGGUGUCCUGUCUGGUGGAAAUGAGUUUGGAAUGCGAAACCCGAUUUCGAAGAGGUCUUCGAACCCUGGCAGACAAAAUUCGUUUGCGCUCAUGUCCCCUUAUCCGCGCGUGCAUUGCAGAAUUUUGCGGAACGGCCAUUCUCAUCAUUUUCGGGUGCGGUGUUUUGGCCCAGGUUUUUCUUGGUGAUCAUGGGAAAAAAUCCCACGGUGGAUUUCUCUCAGUGAGUCUUGGCUGGGGUAUGGCGGUUACAUUCGGCGUAUUCUUCUCCGGGAUCACUGGCUCCGGAAACAUUAAUCCAGCUAUCACACUUGCAUUUGCACUGAUAGGUAAAGUCCCACUGAAGCGAAUCCCGUUCUACACAAUCAGCCAAGUACUGGGAGCGUAUGUCGGCGCAGCAACUGUUUACGUUAUCUACAGAGAGAAGAUAAUUGAGCGCGUCAACACGGUGGAUGAAGGCUUAUAUCUGGUCGAUACGACAGGCAACAUUUUUGUGACUAAUCCCUGGGCCAGUCAUACAACAUGCUUUAUUGAUCAAGUGAUUGGCACUGCACUGCUGUCAGCUGGAGCGCUUGCAGUUGUGGACUAUAAGGGUUGGAAAAUGCCAAGCUAUCUACACCCUCUCUACUUGGGUCUGUUGGUCUACACGUUGGUUGGGUGUUUCGCGAUGAAUGCUGGAUGCGCCCUGAAUCCCGCCCGUGAUCUUGGCCCACGAUUAAUGUUGCUGAUGUGUGGUUGGGGUACCAGCGCAUUCCGCGACAAAGACUACUUUUUCUGGAUACCAAUCGUCGGACCGUACGUGGGAGCCGUUAUCGGCGCAGUGCUGUACGAAUUGACAAUCGGCAUCCAUCUGGACACGGCUGGUGAACGACUGGCAAUCGAGACACCCGGAAAGGCCAACGAUACUAAGAAGGAUGAAUCGGGAACUGAACUGCUUGCCUAGCAUGGCUCUACCCCAUAGACUAGCUACAAUGAUUUACAAAACCCUAUUGCACCCAAGGUUGCCCGCCAUUUUGCAUUCAUCCGAAAUCUACCACUACCCCUAGGCGUAUGUUAUUUUUUUCACAGACUAUGUGAUUCCUUCCUCUCCGCACAAAUUCUUUUACUUAAAAUCAGCAUCAUCCCACCACCCGUAAUCUCGCCACAGAGACGUUAAUAUUUUCUAUUCCUUAUCUUAGAACCUCGCUGAAGAAAUAUCAUCCGAAUGUGUCAAUU